AUGUCAAGAGCUCCGAGGACGAAAGCGUGUGACGCUUGCCACCGCGCGAAGCGGAAAUGUGGGAAGCAAACACCCUCGUGCCUGAGAUGCACGAAACGUGGUUUCGAAUGCAGAUACCCAGCAACAAAGCCCAGCUGUUUCGUCCUUUGCGAAGAUGGCUUCAACUUCAAUGAAAACGUCUUUGGUAUUCGAUAUCAAGAUCUCAAUAGAGAUGUGGACGCAGUGCCCAGCUCAUGUCUUGCAGUGAGCCAAAGUGUUCCAACACAUGAAGCCGCGCGAUCUCCAGACUUUGACGUGUCGCAACUUCCUAGCAGCAAAGCCAGCAGUCUUGUAAGACAGCAUUCAUUCUCAAGCUGGCUUAAGGCGUCAGAUUCUCACGACUUUGACUCAUUGCAACAGCUGGGGAUUACCACACUGCGGUUCAUAGAUGUGAAAUGCCAUGUAGUGACCAUCCGACGGUGGCUUCACCAAUGGGUCGAUACAGGCAGUAAUCCUUUCAUUCACAAAUUGUUGUACAUGGCCUACUUUCCACGCUGCAUUCAAGACGCUUAUUUAGCUUUGUCGUGUUAUCUGAGAAAAGCGACGUCAAACGAACGACUCGUGACACAAAUUAUUGAGGAUCGCGCAACACAAUUGAUCCAAGAUCAUGCGGUUGUCUCAGGAAAAGCUCGCGAAGGACAGGUGGGUACUGUCCCAGUUUCCUCAGCCAGUUUUGCACACAUCGCGCGCGUGCAAGCUUUGCUAGUUUACCAGUUCAUCGGUCUUUACGACGGUGACAUUCGGAUGAGACAUCUUGCAGAGGGCCGCAUACCUGUUCUCUACUCUUGGGCGCAACAGAUGUUCGAGCACUACAGCAGAACAACCUAUGCGGGAAGCACACUGGAUUCGCAGAUUAUACGAGAUUUAGCUUCCUUUCACUCCGUGGAGUCUGCCAUUCGAAACUCCGACGACUUUGCCUGGUAUGAAUGGAUCACUGCUGAGACGAUUCGACGCACUGCCAUCAUUGCGUGUGGCAUGCAAACACUGUACAUCGUUUUGCAGCAGGGAGGGACAAUCCCAUGUCAGAAAGACAUCAUGUAUACGCCCAAUAAAGGACUGUGGGAAGCGGAAUCAUCAAUGGAUUGGGAGAAAUUAUGUUCUGAGACCAAUGCAACGCUCGUGCAGACUGCAGAUGUUAAGCAAGUUUUGACCACUUUGGGACCUGCAAGUCUUGAUGAUUUUGCAACUGUGCUACAAAUUUCGAGUGGUACGUAA